AUGGACGACUGUGACUGUAUCGGAGGGCAGUGGGCGACGGACGACCUGCUAGUCCGCUACCAGUACGUCUCAGACUUCUUCAUAGCUCUCGCCUACUUCUCCAUCCCGCUCGAAUUAAUCUACUUCGUAAAAAAAUCCGCCGUCUUCCCGUACCGAUGGGUGCUGGUCCAGUUCGGCGCGUUCAUAGUUCUCUGCGGCACGACGCAUCUCAUCAACAUGUGGACCUUUCGCGAACACACGCGAACCGUCGCCUUCGUGAUGACCAUCGCGAAGGUUCUCACCGCCGUCGUGUCGUGCGCGACGGCGCUCAUGCUCGUGCACAUCAUUCCGGACCUUCUCUCCGUUAAGACACGCGAGCUCUUUUUGAAGAAUAAAGCCGCCGAGCUGGAUCGCGAGAUGGGAUUAAUCCGCACGCAGGAGGAGACGGGGCGCCACGUGCGCAUGCUGACGCACGAGAUCCGAUCGUCGCUGGACCGCCCGACCAUCCUCAACACGACGCUCGUGGAGCUGGGUCGCACGCUGCAGCUCGACGAAUGCGCGCUCUGGAUGCCCGCUAACCUCGCGGUUGGGGCGCGCGAGGUUUCAGAUGUCUCAAAGCUGCGCCGCACGCUGCAGAUCGACGAGUGCGCGCUCUGGAUGGCCUGCGACGAAGACGAGGACGGCGGAGGGUCCCCAUCAGACCUACAGCUCAUUCACACGCUGCAUCAGCCCAAGCCUCCGCCAGUCACCGUCACGCUCGCGCACCCCACAGUGAAGCAGGUCUUCAGCACGAGCCGCGCCGUCGUCAUCUCGCCCAACUCGCCCGUCACCGCUAUCCCGGGCGGCGGCGGGCGGGCGGGCGGCAACCGCUACGUGGCCGGCGACGUCGUCGCGGUGCGCAUCCCGCUGCUCCACGCCAACACGUUCACGGGCGGCGGGGCGGGCGGCGCGGGCGGCAACGACUGGCAGGACUCGCGGGAGAGGAGCUACGCGCUGCUCGUCCUCAUGCUCCCAGCCGACAGCGCGCGACGCUGGCACGUGCACGAGCUAGAAAUGGUCGAAGUGGUGGCGGAUCAAGUGGCCGUGGCACUCUCACACGCGGCGAUUCUAGAAGAGUCCAUGCACGCGCGGGAUCUUCUCAUGGAGCAGAACGUUGCUCUCGACCACGCAAGGGCUCAAGCCGAGAAAGCCAUCCGCGCGCGAAACGAUUUCCUGGCUGUGAUGAACCACGAGAUGCGCACGCCCAUGCACGCCAUCAUCGCUCUCUCUACUCUUCUCCAGGAGACGGAACUGACCCCGGAGCAACGGAGCAUGGUUGACACAGUGCUGAAAUCCAGUAAUCUCCUCGCCACGCUCAUUCACGACGUGCUAGACCUCUCUCACCUGGAAGACGGUAGCAUGCUGCUUGAUGUCCGCACGUUCAACCUGCACGGGACCUUCCGGGAGGUUGCGUCGCUGGUGAAACCGGUCGCGUCGGUGAAGAAACUCGGAGUGACGCUAAGGCUGCAGUCGGACGUGCCGGAGUUUGCGGCCGGGGAUGAGAGGAGGCUGCUGCAGACGGCGCUGAACGUGGUGGGCAAUGCCGUGAAGUUCACCAGGGACGGCAGCAUCACGAUUACGGUGUGCCUGGAGCGGCCGGAGUUUCAGCGCGACAAGAACUUUCCGAAGUUUGUGCCGGUGGUGGCGCUGGGGGACAAGCAUUACUACAUCCGCGUGCAGGUGAAGGACACGGGAGUGGGGUUGAGGCAGGAGGACCAGAGGAAGCUGUUCAGCAAGUUCGUGCAGGCAGACGCCACCACCACGCGCAACUACGGCGGCACCGGGCUGGGCCUUGCUAUUUGCAAGCGUGGCGGGCAGGAGGACCAGAGGAAGGUGUGCAGCAAGAUGGUGCAGGCGGACGCCAUGCCACCACCACUGGCAACGGGCAAGGCCUCGCCAUCUGCAAGCGGUGAGCUUCGUGAGCAUGAUGGGCGGCCAUAUCUGGGUGGAGAGCGAGGGGCCGGGCAAGGAGCCAUUCUCUUAAUUCUCAUCCCCCUGGACCUGCCAUACUAUUCCCCCACCCUCUCCCACCUUCCCCCAGCUUCCUUCGUGAGCAUGAUGGGCGGCCAUAUCUGGGUGGAGAGCGAGGGCCCGGGCAAGGGCACGACGGUGACCUUCGUGAGCAUGAUGGGCGGCCAUAUUUGGGUGGAGAGCGAGGGCCCAGGCAAGGGCACGACGGUGACGUUUGUGGUGCGGCUGGGCCUGCCGGAGAAGGCCGACGACCGCAGCAAGGCGGGCAACGCGGGGCAGAAGCAGGCUGCUGGCGGCGCUGGUGGGGCCACCAAGGCUGUGGACUUCACAGGGCUCAAAGUGCUCGUGUGCGACGAUAACCAUGUGAACCGCAUGGUGACCAAGCGCAUGGACACAUGCUUGUGCUGUGAGUCACCGUGUGUGAACCGCAUGGUGACCAAGCGCAUGGUCACACGUCUGGGCUGCGAGGUCACCGUGGUGGGGUCGGGCCGCGAGUGCCUUGCUGCUCUUGCCGGCCCAGGCCACGGCUUUAAGGUGCUGCUCCAGGAUCUGAUGAUGCCGGAUAUGGACGGCUACGAGGUGGCCAAGCGAGUCAUCGACCGAAUCAAGAACCCCGACGAGCGGCCGCGCAUAGCGGCGCUGACAGCCAACACGGACCAGGCCACCAAGGACCGCUGCCUCAGCAUCGCCACCCAGGAGCCGGUGCCUCCAACUGCCAGCACUGUCUCACUGCUGUCAUCUCCUUGCAAACACCACCCUUUCCCUCCCAAACCCCCCUCCCCCCGUACCCCUCCCCUCUCCCACGAACAGGUGCUACUCCAGGAUCUGAUGAUGCCGGACAUGGACGGCUACGAGGUGGCCAAGCGAGUCAUCGACCGCAUCAAGAACCCCGACGAGCGGCCGCGCAUAGCGGCGCUGACAGCCAACACGGACCAGGCCACCAAGGACCGCUGCCUCAGCAUCGGCAUGGACGGGGUCAUCACCAAGCCCAUCUCGCUGGAGAAGAUGAGGAUUGUCUUCACGGAGCUCAUGACUCUCGGAAAGAUUGUGUCCGAUCCCAAGGCUUAA